UGUUAGACUGUGCUUAGCUAGCUUCAGCUGUUCAGCUUAGCUUAGUGUCAACUGUCGCUGUCAACCAUACCAACUCAACUGCCAAGUACCAAUUUUAUUCCUUAACACUAUCCUUCAGGCCUUGUUCGUGAUAAUUUGAUUUUGAUUAUUUGGAUUGGAUUGUAGCUAUUGCAAGUGUUUGAUAGGUUAGGGAACCAAAAGUUAAAUUUCAACACUGCUUUACCGUUUUCAGUUGUUAGGUCGACACAAUAAUUAGUAGGUUACUGCUCAUGUCCCAUUCAAAAUCUCUGUGUUAUACAUAUUUUAAAGAGGAAUUAAUUAGUGUUAAUGGAAAGUCCUCAGUUAGGUCUACCUGGUUGGAAUGGAGGUUUCUGCAGUCUGAGGAUGAACAGCUGACAAACCUGCGCAAACGCGCGUUAGAAGGCGGGUUGAGAGCUUUUCGGUUCCGAAGUGUGUGUUGGCGGCUGCUACUCGGGGUUUUGAGUUCGGGACAUCCAGAAAGAUGGGUGGAAGAGACUCGGGUGGCUCGAGAGAGUUAUCGUGAGCUGCUGGAAAAACAUAGCGUGGACCCCCACAAUGAAGAAACAGAAGAUGACCCCCUGUCUCAGGAAGCUUGGAGCCCCUGGCACCAGUACUUCUGCAACAACGAUCUGCGUUUUGUCAUCAAACAGGAUGUGAUCCGGACAUUUCCUGGAGUAGAUUUCUUCCGGGAUGAGAGAAUACAGGAAUCCAUGGUCAAUAUAUUAUUCUGCUACGCCCGUGACCACCCCACCAUGUGCUAUAGACAGGGCAUGCAUGAAAUCCUGGCCCCGCUAUUAUUUGUGAUACAUUGUGAUCAUCAAGCCUACUUGCAUGUACGGGACUUGGACCAAAUCAGUGAAAUCAUCAGUGACCUUUUGGAUCCAAAAUAUGUUGAAGAAGACAGUUACGCUCUGUUCCUCAAAGUGAUGUUUGCAAUUCAAGGUUACUACCACAUAACUAAUGUUGAACUGUCCAGCACUGGUUAUUUCCCAACCGAUUCCUCCCCCUCAAGUCCUUUAUGUGAAAACCAAGUGCUGCAGCAGCUGAACUGGAUCAAAGAUCAACUCUUGGCUCCGAUUGAUCCAGAGCUUCACCAGCAUCUCCAACAGCUUGACAUUUCUCUUCCUUUGUUUGGAAUUCGAUGGUUGAGGCUACUGUUUGGCAGGGAGUUCCCCCUACAAGACCUUCUAGUACUAUGGGAUGCCAUCUUUGCUGAAGGCACCGUCUUCCAACUGGUAGACUACAUUGUUGUUGCUAUGCUCAUCGCCAUUAGGCAUCAGUUGCUCAUUUCAGACUACACCUCGUGCCUUACUAUGCUCAUGAGAUAUCCAGGAACUAUGGAUAUAUCCUGCAUCAUCGACCAUGCAUUGCACCUUAAAAACCCACAGAGCUACAAACAACCUACCCAGACAGCAUUCCCCAAUCUCAUUCCAGUGACAGUGGGGGGAAGACCAGAUAUGCAUCGAGCUCCAAACCACUAUCCCAGACCUCAGAAACUGAGUGAGUCCACAACUCACAAGACUAGCUACAUUACCACCAGACUGAAGAAGCUAUCAACCAGAAACGCCAGUAUCUCUGAUGGCUCACACGACAACUCUAACAUAAUUGAUGGCUUCACACUUGAUGAUCCUGGGGUGGUUCGUAGUGAGCUCAAGCAUUGCCGGGCUGUAAUGUCGUUGGUACAACUGAAGCUUGCUCAGUACCACAGCGUCCUAGAGCAAUGUGUACCUCACAGUAACAUUCCAGCACAACAAGCACUCACCGGCAUCCACGAGCUUUGUUCAUUGUUGGACCCACAUCGAGGAAGUCCGUCCCCUUCGGUCUCAAUUGAAGUGGAACCUGCCUUUGAGGUUGGCGAGAUUGUGGGUACUCCUACUCCACCAAACCUCCCCCCUCCAUGCUCCAACGUUGACAUGACUGUCUUCCGGGAGACUCAAGGAUCUGUGAUAGACACAACUGAAGAUAUACUGCGAUCUCCUGUUAAGAGAUAAUAUCCUUUACUUUAUAUGUAUUUGUUUUCUUGUUUGUCUGUCUUUGUCUUUAUCACAUUUGUUUUGGUAUUGUGAAUCCUCAGGAAGUCCUCAACUUAUUUUUGUGAUUAGUUUAAAAAGUGUUGUUUAUAUUCUCAUAGUGUUAAUAUGGUAAUAACACAUAUAAAAAGCAUUAGAGGAUUAUACCAUCAACUCAAAGUCGUCUCGCCUUGUGAAAUAUCAAGGUAUUGUGCUAUUUUGGAAAGGCAAUAGUGUCCUAGGGAAUACAGUAGAUAAAAAUAACAAGACAUAUUUUUAUAUUUAAAACUCAAUUUAUUUUACACGGUGUUGGUGUAAAACCUCUCACAUUUUAUGUUUUGUAUUACUCUGAAAACAGGCUUUUAACUUGUACAAUAGUGUAAUGAUUAUGGUUAGAAUGAUAGAAAAUAUUCUUGGCUUUCUAGAUGAUCUAACUUCCUUGUAGCAGCAAACAUAAGUAUAGGAAACAUUUGAGUAAAAAUUGAAUCAGGCUAAUGGAAAUUCACUUAGUCUGCAGGUUUGCUGUGGUGGGUGUAAUGUUUUAAUUUUGUUUCAAAAAUUUAAACUAUAAGACUGAAUGCGAUCUUGGUUUUCUGUCUCUCUCUUUAUUAAAAGCCAUUUUAAUACUAGUGUUUCAGUUGUUUGGUAUUUUGGGUUAAACAGAAUACCUAAUGAUAAAGUACAGUAGAACCUUGAUAUUGAACACUUUGUGGACUAAAAUGGUAUCAAACUAUCGAAAUGUCAAACUAUAGGGAGUCAAACCAUUGGACAUUUUAAACAUAAGGGAGUAUUUACAGGAUAAAACAAUCAAAUUUAAUGAACAGUAUAAAACUGGACAAAAUAAACAAAUUUAUCGACUUACAUCUCUACUAAACGUUCUUUGGCUACAAAAAAAAAAAUAAUAGCUUUGGCUGUAUAAAAUAGUUUGUAAUUUUCAACUACUUUUUACUUUGGAUGUUUGAAAGAAGUAUUAAUUAAUGGGAUGAUUCAAGUAUAGAUCUUUUGCGUGCACAUAAACAAUAAGAUGGAUUUAGUCAGUACCUCUGCAAACCCGUCAUCGACCGCUGCCGACAUGUUACGUCAUAGAAUCCUGGGAUGCCUGUGUCGAACCAUAUGGAGUGUCGAGCUAUCGAGCUUCUACUGUACGUUCUAUUAUUGUAGAUUAAUAGCUUAAUUAUUUGUCAUCGAAGAUUAGGUUAAUUUUUAAUAGGCCUACUGUAAUGUUAGUAGUACCCUAUGUAGUCUAAAAAAAAGUAUUAGCUUUUUGAAUUCUCUUUCCUAGAUACUCUCAUUAACUAAUAAGUAUAGUAUUGAUACAAGAAGUUAAGAACCUCCUGAAAAUGAUAAGUUUACAAUAUCUUCUAUGUAUGAGGUUUUAAAUAUUUAAAGUGAAUAAAAUAUCCAUAUUGGUUUUAUUUAUGUUAAUUUGUUCAGUUAUUUUGUCAUGCAAUAGGUAUUUAACUUAUAUCUAUGACAGUAAAAUAUAUGGCAACGUUUACAAAUAUUGUUUAUUUAAUUAAUUAAUAAUUGUUUGCUGUCUUUGAUUGAAAUCAAAGAAUGUGCAACAUAUCCUGGAAAUAAAAAUUUGCAUUUCUUUAACCCUAGGACUGACGAUCGGUCAUUUUAUGGCCGAUCGGGGGACUUUGUUUCCUGCCAUCAGUCACAAAAUGACCGAUCCAUUUAUUAUACAUACAUUAAAGCUUGGGAUUAACUGAUUGACCAGAUUAUCCAUGGAUGUAAAGUUAAAGAUCUUGGCUAUCCUGCUAACUCAGCUGUAAUAUUUUUUAUUUGGUUAGCUUGAUUGAAUUCUUGUUUUCAUUGUCUGCUGACUUGGAAAUCCAAGGUCAGCUGAUGAGUCAUUUUAUAAAAUUUUUUUAAAACAUUCAAAUUUUAUGGAAAAUUUACAACAAAUUAUAUUUAUUUCCAAAAUUAUGGUUAAGUUUUCACUAUACAAAUAACAUAAUAACACUCUCUGUUUCUUCCUGAAUCAAUUGAUAUACAAUAUAGUACCUGGUAUAACUUUCUUAACCCCUUAAUCGCGACACACGCAUUAUUCCAUAGUAGUAUUCUGUACACACUGUCACGACGCACGGAAUAUCACGUGCAACACCCUUGUGGCACUGAGAAUUGACAGACCAGUAUCAAAGGUGAUAGUUGUUUUUGGUAUUUGUUUUUGUCGCGUUGAGAUCAUAACUUGGGGUUAUUGUUUGUACGUUGAUAACUGGUAUAGUAGUCCUGAUCUGUUUAUGUUUUUGCAUUUGAAUGACACCAAUGCCUGUGGUACAGUAGGAUGGGAGCGAAUAGAUAUGCCUGAAUUUCAGAAAGAGUUACUAGUUUGCAAAUAGGAGGUUGUCAAUACUGGAACAAUCAUGGUUGUAAGGUGGGCAGAUAAAAGAGAAGUUAUGAUGAUCACAACAGAACAUGAUGAUAAAGUAGUUAGACUCUGGAAAAGUAAACUACAUUACAAAUAAAAGGUAAUGAAGCCAGUGCCGGAUUUACCACUAGGCCGCAAGCAAAAGGGGGCCGCAGAGGAUUGAGGAAAACAUGUUAUAGAUAAAAAAAUAUGUUUUAAACCCACCAGUUUGCCACGAUCACAGGUGAACAUAAUGAUGUCUCCGCUAACCUAGGGAGAUGUUAACGAUCUUCCCGCGGCCCCGGUUGCUAAAGAUGAUAUCCCCGUGAUUGGGGCCCGCGGGAGACGUUCACGAUUUAGCCGAGGGUGAUGGUGAUGUACCCUCACGAUCGCAGCCCGUGGGAGACGUUCAAGAAUUAGCCGCUUUCGCGAGACUCGAUGAAAAUGUCCCCGUGAUGGCUUUCCGAAGGGGAUGCUUACGAUUUCGGCACGGCCGCGGGUGACAAUGAUGAUAUCCUCAUGAUCGCAGCAGUCCACGGGAGAUGUUUUUAACACGACUUUGCCGCGAUCGCAGGUGUUGAUGAUGAUGUCCCCGUGCUUGCUGCUUCGCGGGAGAUGUUUACGAUUUUACUGUAGUCACGGGUGACGAUGAUACACUCAUGGUUACAGCUCACGGGAUAUGAUCACGAUUUCGCCACGGUCGCGAGUGUCGAGGAUGAUGUCCCUUUGUUGCAGCCCGUGGAGGAUGUUCAUGAUUUUGCUGCGGUCAUGGUCACGGAUACCUAUGAUGGCUUUGACUUGGUUUAGGAGAGAUUUCCACGAUUUCAUCCAUGACACAGGUGUCGAUGAUGAUGUUUCUUUGAUGCAUAGGAAUACUCACGGUUAUUUCCGCGAUCGCAAGGAAUUUCCACCACAGGGGGAGGGCCGCUCAAGUAAUUUGGCCUAGAGCCACAAGUACCCUAAAUCCGGCACUGAAUGAAGCCAAAAUGUGUCCAAGAAUAUAACUAUAGAAUCGGCUCGGUAGACCCACAGAUAUGAUGCUAAGGAAUGUUACAUGUCUUAGGCACACCCAAAAGUGGUAAAAACUGUUUACUUUACAUUUUGUGGAUCUGGCAAUACUCAAUUCCCAUGCAAUAUACCUAUGUGUAAUUGGCAAGAAACCAAACACUGACAGAAUUUCAUUUAGAGCUAGUUCGCCAACGUUUAGCGGAAAACAUUGCAGCUCAGACCUACAGUAAAAAAAACUGGUGGUUGUCCUUCCCCGAGUGAUACACCACUAAGAUUGACUCAGCGUCAUUUUCCAUCAUGUAUUCCUUCAACUGAAAAAAGUAUACCUCACGUCAAUAUUAUGUUUGCUGUCACACUACGCGACGUGAACCAGCCAGGCGGGAGUCGUGGUAUCAGUACCAGGACUGCGCGGUCUCCUUGUGCGUAAUGCCAUGCUUCAGGGAAUAUCAUAGCCUGAAGAAAUACUAAAAAGUUAAAAGUAACCUUUGAAUAUAGUGUAUAUAUAUUUUUUUCCAAUAUUUACUUCUUGAAACAUCCACUCAUGUGACCAGAAAACUAAAUAAAACCCGUAAGUAAAUAAGAUGAGUAAAAUAUUUUAUUAUUUAUUUAUUAGUUUAUUAUUAUUAAUUAUUUAUAAAACUAAAAAAUUAUAUUACCAUUUUCGUUAACAUGAAUACUAUUAAAAUGUUUAUUAUAACAUUUAUCAUAGUUAAUUGCUUUAAAAUGCGUUUUAAACUAGAAUUCCUCAGAAUGCUAAAAAACCACAAAAAAUUGCAAAAAACCCCGUGCUGGGCCAUUGGCGAGCAUAAUUAAACCAUGCGCCACUGAUCGCGUCGAAACCGUACCGCGCCAAUUUACGGUUAAGGGGUUAAAAAUAAUAUUUUGUGUUCAUUUUUAAAAUUAACUUUAAAAAAUGUGCUGGCAUUUUAGCAAAUCUAACUGGGUUAAUUUGUUCCUCUAGGUAUGACAAUUUGUACUUAAUGCAUUUUUCACCAUAGUUUGUGAGCUUUUACUACCUAUGUAGUUUAAUGAAAAAUUGUAUAGUAAUAAAAAUAGUUUACCGCUGCAAAAAUUGUUAUUUAAUAUGUAUGUUGUGAGGUACCGGUAAUUUUUUUAAAAUACUUUUUACCCUUUGUUUGAGUUACAAUCUGCUGUAGUUGUAAGUUUUGCAGACUUUUUUUAAGAAAUGUUCCUUAUAAAUAAAAAUAUUACAUGUCCCGUUAUUGAAUGUUUUGUUUUUAUCAUAAGUUGUAGUUUACCUUAAAAUAUCACUGAAAUAAAAAUACUCCUACAUUUAGGCAAAAUGAGUUGUAUAAUUUUUUUUGCAAUUUGAAUUUGAAUUCAGUCUUCUGUUGGGGAAUCAGUAUUUAAUGUAUCUAAAUAUGGGUAAAUCUGUUUGUAUUUAAUUUAAAAUCUAGAUGUAAACUGUUUUAAAAUAUAAUUAAUUAGUUAAGGUAAACAGUGUAUGUAUUUGAAGUGUGAAUUGAUUAGCUAAAGAAUGGUCUAUUGUGACAAAAAUAUACUUUACCACAAGAUUCAAAAAGUCUUUUCAGGUCCUAGCUUGUUUCUCAGUUGUUCUCAAAAAAGAAUUUUGUUUUAGUUUCUAAUGAUCGUUUUCAUUCCAUAUUCAAGAGAAAGGAUCAAGAGUAUUCUCCACUUUUGCUUUUUCUAGUUUCUUGGAAAGUAUUCAUUCUAACUUUUGAAUAUUAUAGACUGUGAUUAAAUAAUAUACCUGUAAAAAGUUUAAUAUAUUAUUGUAAAACUAUUUUCUUUAUGCAAU